CCUUUGCCAUUGCCAUACACAUCGUUUUUGUAUCUUCUAAUGAUUCUAUUUCUCGGCAAAAUCUCACAACUAACUUCUUCUCUUCUCCAUUGCCACAUCUCUCUCUCUCUCUCUCUCUUCAUUGAUUGGAUCCGAAAUGGAGCCAUGGGUUGACGAUCUGGCUGACGAUUUACAAAGUGUGAGCUUUACCUCCGCCGGAACCACCGUGAAUCGGAGCACUAGCUCCGGCUCUCGCUCAUCCUCCUCCGCCGCAGCUCUUACUCCGGCGACAUCUUUUUCCUCCGCCAAACUUCCUCCCUCACUCAGAUCGUCUCUCUCCCUCUCCGAUCUCCGAUUCCGUCUCCGUCUCGGGGCCGGAGACAUCGGUUCUGUUUUUUUAGCUGAAUUCAAAUCCGCAACCGCCGUCGAAUUACCGCUCUUAGCCGCUAAGGUUAUGGAUAAGAAAGAGCUCGCGAGCCGAAGCAAAGAAGGUAGGGCGAAGACGGAGAGAGAGAUUCUCGAAACGCUUGACCAUCCUUUCCUCCCGACGCUUUACGCCGCCAUAGAUUCUUCGAAAUGGCUCUGCUUACUGACGGAGUUUUGUCCCGGCGGCGAUCUCCACGUUCUCCGUCAGAAACAGCCUUACAAACGCUUCCACGAAUCCGCCGUCAGAUUCUAUGUAUCGGAAGUGAUCGUAGCCAUGGAAUAUCUUCACAUGAUGGGGAUUGUUUACCGAGACUUGAAGCCUGAGAAUGUGUUGGUUCGAUCAGAUGGUCACAUCAUGCUAACCGAUUUCGAUCUCUCCUUAAGAUGUGAUGAAUCCACCUCCACACCACAGAUUGUACUGAACCGAAACGCACUACCAAACGGCUCGUCUGACCAGAACGAGAACCAAACAAUGGACCAUCGUCAGACCACAUCGUCUUCUUGCAUGAUCACAAACUGUAUUGUCCCAGCUGUCUCCUGCUUCCACCCGAGAAUCAGAAGACGUAAGAAGAAAGCUGAUCACCGUAACAACGGUCCUGAGCUUGUGGCCGAGCCUCUGGACGUCCGCUCCAUGUCCUUUGUUGGGACGCAUGAGUACUUGGCUCCUGAAAUUGUUUCAGGAGAAGGGCAUGGGAGCGCGGUGGAUUGGUGGACAUUGGGGAUAUUCAUGUUCGAGCUGUUCUACGGUACGACGCCUUUCAAAGGGAUGGACCACGAGUUAACCCUUGCAAACAUCGUCGCUAGAGCCCUCGAAUUUCCAAAAGAGCCAACCAUUCCAAGCGCGGCCAAGGAUCUGAUCUCUCAGCUACUGGCUAAGGACCCGAUCCGACGUUUGGGGUCGUCUCUGGGUGCAUCUGCCGUGAAACGCCACCCGUUUUUCCAAGGAGUUAAUUGGGCUUUGCUCAUGUGUACUCGUCCUCCUUUUCUUCCUCCGCCUUUCCGCAAAGAACUUUUGUCCGAUGACAUUUGUCCUGACACCCAUGUCGACUACUAUUAAUAAUAUAUUAAUUAGCAACUACGAAA